AUGGACCUCAAGCAUAAACAUUCUGUGAAACUGAAUGAUGGACAUUUCAUGCCAGUCCUUGGAUUUGGCACUUAUGCUUCUGAAGAAAUUCCUAAGAGCAAGGUUUGUGAGGCUACCAAAAUAGCUAUUGAUGUGGGUUUCCGUCACAUUGAUGCAGCUUACUGCUAUCAAAAUGAGGAGGAGGUUGGAAAAGCCAUUCGAGAGAAGAUUGCUGAUGGUACUGUGAAGAGAGAAGACAUAUUCUACACUACCAAGCUUUGGGCUACUUUCCUUUGACCAGAAUUGGUCCGACCAGCUCUGGAAAGAUCACUGAAGAAACUUCAACUGGACUACGUAGAUCUCUUCAUUAUUCAUAUGCCAAUGGCUAUGAAGCCUGGGGAGGAGCUUCUACCAAAAGAUGGUAAUGGGAAAAUUAUUUUUGAUACAGUAGACAUCUGUGACACAUGGAACGCUUUAGAGAAAUGUAAAGAUGCAGGUUUAACCAAGUCCAUUGGGGUGUCCAAUUUUAAUCACAAACAGCUGGAGAUGAUCCUGAAUAAGCCAGGGCUCAAAUACAAGCCUGUCUGCAACCAGGUGGAAUGUCACCCUUACCUUAACCAAAGCAAGCUGUUGGAGUUCUGCAAGUCCAAGGACAUUGUCAUAGUUGCCUACAGUGCCCUGGGAUCCCAAAGACACCCAGACUGGACAGACAAGAAUAGUCCACAUCUCUUGGAGGACCCAAUCUUGAAUGCCAUUGCCAAAAACCACAAUCGAACCCCAGGCCAGGUUGCCUUGCGCUACCAUCUGCAGCGGGGUGUGGUGGUCCUGGCCAAGAGUUUCAAUGAGAAGAGGAUUAAAGAGAACUUCCAGGUUUUUGACUUUCAGUUGACCCCAGGAGAUAUGAAAGCAAUUGAUGGCCUCAACAGAAAUUAUCGAUAUAUUAAAAUAGCAUUUGGUGUUGAUGACCCUUACUAUCCCUUUUCUGAAGAGUAUUGA